AUGGCAGCAUCCGGAGACGUGGGCGGCGAAAAACUUCCAAGGAUUAGGACCCUGCCACUGGGAGUGCCGCUGCAUCUGAAAGACAGACCUGCGCAUUAUAAUGGGUUUCAUAGCGGCAACAGUCUGGGAACACCGUUCCUGGAAGCACUGACCUGCUUAGUCCCCUCAUCAGUCCAAGACCCACCUCAACACGAAUUACUCCAACUCCUUACUCUGUCUGAAUAUAAUCAAUUCAAAUACCUAGCCGAUAACAAACAUCAUGAUUAUUUCAAGCCCAUCCACAUUAUUUCAGCAGCCAUCGCCAAUGUCAACCCCAGCAUCGAUAUUACCAGCGCACCAUCAAGAACCCCAUGUUUGUGUCCCUGUGCAAUCUCCACCCUCUUCCUCAUUUUGGCCAUUGUCGACUGCCAUUCCAAAACAGCACGGGCAAAACGACAUGAUGAUCAGGUCCACCGAAAUGAGUUCUUCGCAAUCCACGCCAUCCAAACAUGGUCGGACAUAGGAUUCGCCCCGGUGUCUGCAGAAGUCGUAGAUCUCAGUGAUGUCUUCACACAUUUUGGUUUAUUUUUGGUUGGUUCUCGUGUUUUCAGGAUUGGCAAUUCCGCUUUCCUUGCGGACGCGCUGUUCAGCGACAUUUUCAAGGUUCGACGUUGGUUUCUCAUCUCCAUCUCAUCAACAACGCGAACUUUGCCACCCAUCCGCUGCGUCUCCUCGUCCACGCUUACCGGCCAUCGAUUCAGCUCAUCUCCCGACGCGACAUACCCAUUUCUGCGACUCGAUCUUCCCCAUCUCUUCGAUAUGCCUGGUGGUAAGGGAAAGUCUGUUGGAGGCAAGGGUGCUCCAAAGGAUGCUGCGGGGAAAACUCAGAAAUCUCACAGCGCAAAGGCUGGCUUGCAGUUCCCAUGCGGCCGUGUCAAGCGUUUUCUGAAGAACAACACCCAGAAUAAGAUGCGCGUUGGUGCCAAAGCUGCCGUUUACGUCACCGCUGUUCUCGAAUACCUUACCGCUGAAGUUCUCGAGCUGGCAGGCAACGCCGCCAAAGACCUCAAGGUCAAGCGUAUCACACCUCGCCAUCUUCAGCUGGCGAUUCGAGGCGAUGAAGAAUUGGACACUCUCAUCCGCGCUACCAUCGCGUUUGGAGGUGUCUUACCACGUAUUAACCGGGCGCUACUUCUCAAGGUGGAACAGAAGAAGAAGAAUAAGAGUGAAGCAUAA